GCCAUGGAUUUACUGGUUUUUUACUGCUGAACAGUUCGGGAAUAAUAACCGACGCUAUAUCGUGCGUGUGAUCGUCGGCGGGAGAAAAUUCCCUACAUUGUCAUCAUUGUCAAGGGUUCACCCCAUCAAUUUAAAGUUAUGCAGAACAGACUGUGAAAAUCAACCAUGUCUUUACAAAGUGCACUUGUGGUUAAACAAGAAUCAAAUGACCAAGCAAUACAAUUUAUGGAUUUAAAAUCAGAUGUAACAUUGGCAAUUUCAACUUUAGAAGAUGUGAAACCAAAUUUAUCAACAUUGAUUUCAACUUCAGAUGUUAUCGAACAAAAUAUAUCAUCACAAUCUUCACCUUUUGAAGUCAAGUCAACUGAAACAGUUGCAUUUUCAACUUCGGAAGAUCAGCAAUCAGAUGAAACAUUUUCUUAUUCUAAAGAUAUAAAACCAAAUGUUUCUACAGAACUUCUAAGGUGUGAUGUUUUAAAAAAGGACAUCUUAACAUUUUCAUCAUUUAAGGGUGAAAACGAAAAUAGCCUAGAUGUUCAAAGACAGCUUAAAUAUUUACCAGAUUCAGAUGCUUUUAUUGAAAAUUUUACAGAUUUUAAAUCAGAUCUUCAUCAUGAUUUAAAAGAACUCAAGGAAUUUCGUAAAGAAGUUAUUGAUAAUUUUCCAACAAUUAAUGAGCUCAGGGAUAAGGGACUGAAGACAUAUAAGUGUGAUAUGUGUUGUCAACAAUUUACUCAUUUUCAUCAUAUUACACAACAUAUGAAAACUCACACAGGAAAGAAUUCAUAUGGGUAUGAUUUUCAUCAGCAACAAGGUGCUAUGCACAGUCAUGUAAAACAGCUUAAGAAAAUAAACAAGAAGUUUUCUCUGCACAAAUUACAUCCUGAAGACAGAUGCAAUGAAUGUGAUGUGUGUCAUAAAAAGUUUGCUUAUAAAAAUAGUUUAAUUAUGCACAAAAAUAUUCAUGAUGGAAUUAAACCACAUGAAUGUGAUGUGUGUCAUAAAAAGUUUGCUUAUAAAUCUAGUUUAUAUACACACAAAAUUAUUCACUCUGGACAUAAGCCAUAUGAAUGUGAUGUGUGUCAUAAAAAGUUUGCUUAUAAAUCUAGUUUAAAUACACACAAAAUUAUUCACUCUGAACAUAAGCCAUAUGAAUGUGAUGUGUGUCAUGCAAACUUUGCCCAGAAGAAUAGUUUAAUUAUACACAAAAAUAUUCAUGCUGGAGUUAAACCACAUGAAUGUGAUGUGUGCCAUAAGAGUUUUAAUAGUAAAAGUCUUUUAUCUCAACAUAAAUAUAUUCAUGCACAAAUAAGACCACAUGAAUGUGAUGUGUGUCAUAAAAAGUUCACUUUGAAGAGUCAUUUAUCUGACCAUAAAAAUACACAUUUUAAUCUCAAGCCAUAUGAAUGUGAUGUUUGUCAGAAAAAGUUUGCUCAUAAAUCUAGUUUAAGUACACACAAAAUUAUUCACUCUGGACAUAAGCCGUAUGAAUGUGAUGUGUGUCAUAAAAAGUUUGCUUAUAAAUCUAGUUUAUAUACACACAAAACUAUUCACUCUGGACAUAAGCCAUAUGAAUGUGAUGUGUAUCAUACAAAUUUUGCUCAGAAGAAUAGUUUGAUUAUACGCAAAAAUAUUCAUGCUAGAGUUAAACCACAUGAAUGUGAUGUGUGUCAUAAAAAGUUCACUACGAAGUAUUAUUUAUCUGAGCAUAAAAAUAUACAUUCUAAUCUCAAGCCAUUUAAAUGUGAUGUUUGUCAAAAACGUUUUAAUCUUAAAAGCCUUUUAUCUCAGCAUAAAAAAACCCAUUUACAUAAAAAACCAUAUGAAUGGGCAUAUGAGCAUAAGCCAUAUGAAUGUGAUGUGUGUCAUACAAAUUUUGCUCAGAAGAAUAGUUUGAUUAUACACAAAAAUAUUCAUGCUAGAGUUAAACCACAUGAAUGUGAUGUGUGUCAUAAAAAGUUCACUACGAAGUAUUAUUUAUCUGAGCAUAAAAAUAUACAUUCUAAUCUCAAGCCAUUUGAAUGUGAUGUUUGUCAAAAACGUUUUAAUCUUAAAAGUCUUUUAUCUCAGCAUAAAAAAACCCAUUUACAUAAAAAACCAUAUGAAUGGGCAUAUGAGCAUAAGCCAUAUGAAUGUGAUGUGUGUCAUACAAAUUUUGCUCAGAAGAAUAGUUUGAUUAUACACAAAAAUAUUCAUGCUAGAGUUAAACCACAUGAAUGUGAUGUUUGUCAUAAAAAGUUCACUACGAAGUAUUAUUUAUCUGAGCAUAAAAAUGUACAUUCUAAUCUCAAGCCAUUUGAAUGUAAUGUUUGUCAAAAACGUUUUAAUCUUAAAAGUUAUUUAUCUCAGCAUAAAAAAACCCAUUUACAUAAAAAACCAUAUGAAUGUGAUUUGCUUCCAUAGCCUAUGUCCAACCAAGAACAAACUACAAGGCAGCAGUAGUUUGAUUUUGGAGUUGUCUCUCCUAGAAGAGUGGCUGUCCCCAGCUAACAAGCCUCAUCUGCCCGAGGGUUUGAACUCGAGACUUUUCGGUUUAGCAACCAUGAGCUUUACCGACUCAACCAAUCCAACCCCCAUGACUUACUUUGAUGUUUAUCAUUUAAAAAGUUCUCACUGUCAUUAGGUGUCUUAUACAGGAUAUAAUCCUCAUAAUUCUAUUAUUUGUCAUAGAGAAUAAUAGGCCUACAAAUGUAUUGACUAUCUAAACAUUUUAUUUUAAAUAUUAGCAGAUACAAUAUUUUUUUAAAAACUUGUUUGAAUUGUCAAAAAUUUUUCUUGUAAACAUUUGAAACAUCAACUUGUUGUCCAUUUGUAUGAUGUCACUAAGAAUGCAGUUAAUGCAAGGUUGAAAAAUUAAUUUUGUUAAAUUUUACAAUUCCUAAAAAAUCACACAAGAGUAAAAAUACUUCAAGGAAAGAAUGGAUGUCAUAAAUCAUCACAGCACCUUAUUUGAUAUGUAUAUUUAUAUAUAUAUUUAUAUUUA